CCGGCGCGCUCUCGAGGCCACCGGCGCCCAGAGCACCAGUCCGCUAUUGGGUGUCAAUGAUCUGCAAGCCAGGCUAGCUCUCUCGAGGUCCAGGCUAACUCUUUCAAAUGCCAGAGGGGGCCCGCACGAGCCAGCCAAGGAAGCUGAGAGCCCAGGAGCCAAGCUACUGCACUCACCAGCGCACGACUGGAUAAAGGACAGCUUCGGGGUGCUGGAGAACCCAGAGAACCGAGUGUUCGUGGAAAGCAAGAUGUCACAGUAGAUUCUCGGCCCCCAGAGCCCACCAAGGUGAGAGGAAGAUCUCUGCUUGGUUCUACGCUGACAGAAAAGCAGCCAUGGAAAUGGCAUCUGAGCAAGCCAAUGGGAGUCAACUAUGGAUACCCUCUCCAUUCGACAUCAAUGGCUCACUGGGGUCAAGCAAUGGCUCCAACCAGACCGAGCCGUACUACGACAUGACAAGCAACGCAGUCCUCACAUUCAUCUACUUCGUGGUGUGCGUUGUUGGGCUGUGCGGCAACACGCUUGUCAUUUACGUCAUCCUCCGCUACGCCAAGAUGAAAACCAUCACCAAUAUUUACAUCCUCAACUUGGCCAUUGCAGAUGAACUCUUCAUGCUGGGGCUGCCCUUCUUGGCCAUGCAGGUGGCACUGGUCCACUGGCCCUUCGGCAAGGCCAUCUGCCGGGUGGUCAUGACUGUAGACGGCAUCAACCAGUUCACCAGUAUCUUCUGUCUGACGGUCAUGAGUAUCGAUCGUUACCUCGCCGUGGUCCACCCUAUCAAGUCAGUCAAGUGGAGGCGGCCCCGGACAGCCAAGAUGAUCAAUGUGGCUGUGUGGGGCCUCUCUCUGCUGGUCAUCCUGCCCAUCAUGAUAUAUGCUGGCCUCCGGAGCAACCAGAGGGGGAGGAGCAGCUGUACCAUCAACUGGCCAGGUGAAUCUGGGGCGUGGUACACAGGGUUCAUUAUCUAUGCCUUCAUCCUGGGGUUCCUGGUACCCCUCACCAUCAUCUGUCUCUGCUACCUGUUUAUCAUUAUCAAGGUGAAAUCCUCUGGAAUCCGAGUGGGAUCGUCCAAGAGGAAGAAGUCAGAGAAAAAGGUCACCCGCAUGGUGUCCAUCGUGGUGGCUGUCUUCAUCUUCUGCUGGCUCCCUUUUUACAUCUUCAAUGUCUCGUCCGUGUCCGUGGCCAUCAGCCCCACCCCUGCCUUGAAAGGCAUGUUUGACUUUGUAGUGAUCCUCACCUACGCCAACAGCUGUGCCAACCCCAUCCUAUAUGCCUUCUUAUCUGACAACUUCAAGAAGAGCUUCCAGAACGUUCUCUGCUUGGUCAAGGUGAGUGGUACCGAUGAUGGGGAACGGAGCGACAGUAAGCAGGACAAAUCCCGGCUGAAUGAGACCACAGAGACCCAGAGGACCCUCCUCAACGGAGACCUCCAAACCAGUAUCUGAGAUAGCCGGAAACCUACCAUGCACGCACACACACAAGCCAAGCCUGCCUCCAGGCAGUGCGUUUCCCACUCACCUGCUUCCUGCCUCCCCACCCAUCCUAGCUGGCUUGUUCUACAUGAGCCCAGUUCAGAGGGCAGGAUUUGAGUCUAUUCCGCUGACUACUUCUCCCUUAAAGUGAACAUUUUCCUACAGGCAGACAAUUCAAAGCCUGGAGAAGAGGACAUCAUUGCCUGGGUGUGAUGUUGAAGAAAGCAGCCGCCCAGGAGAAAUCGGGGGGAAAAAAAAACAAACUAAACUAAACCAAAACCUGUGAAUGUGUGCUUAUACACUACGUAAUCUUGUGGUCUGACAUUUACAUUUGUACAUUCCUACCUAGUCUCUUCGAAGCCAGUACAUACAUGUUCCGUGAUUGUAAACUGAAGUAGUUAGUUCAUGUGUGUCUAGUAUAGGUGAACAUCUACCGCAACACUCAACCUAAAGAAAUGGACCCGCCACGACAAAACUAAUCAAGUUUAAGCUUCCAGCAUCUCUCUUGCAUGGGCCUUUCCCAGACCCAGGAGGAACAUGAGCGGUAUGUUCGUAUUAUAGUAUGUUUUUGUAAAAAAAGAAAAAAAGGAAAGAAAAAAGAAAAAAUGGUGAAAGCAAGGUAUUUUUGUAUUGUUCUUCCUAGAGGGCCCCUAAGCUAAAUAAGGGUCUCGCCUCACAGGUGCUGCCCCUGAGUCUGGACAGUUGUUUCACCAAUUUCAAACAAGUUAGGUUCGAGUAAAACAGAGAGGAGCGCACUGUGAGAGUCAGAAUAUAAAUGGGAGUUCGCCUCUAGGACACAAUCAGUUACUCAUUUACCCAAAAGAACUUCAAGGGUUGUAGUCAUUGACCACUGUGUUUAUCAAGACAAAGCAUGCUUUGUUAUCAGACUGAAUUUUUCUCUCCUCGGAUUGCUUUAGUUUUACUUAGGGAGACAUUGGGGAAGGGGUGGGAUCGGUGACCUGAAAGGCAAAAAACAGACUAUGAUUCUUGUGGACAAACAAUUUGCUCCCCAACAUACAUGCAUACACACACACACACACACACACACACACACACACACACACACACACAAAUGAGAAGAAGAAAAAUGAAGUAGAAUUAUCCCUUUAAGAGAAACCUGGAAAGCGUUUUGUUUUUAAUGCCAGAUAAGACCCCUUAAUGAAAGAAAACAGAAAUGUAACUUGACAGCUCCUCAAAGGCGUUUUGGGGUUUUGCUGUUGUUCUUGGUUUGGGGAGAGGCUGUUCUUUCUUCCUGUCUAUGUACAUGUAUGUAU